UUCUUCUCAGUCUAUCUUAAUAUGUCUAUGGACUAUGUAUGGAUAUAAGUAUGAUUACUAUAAAACGUGUUGUUAAAUAUUUUUCGAAGUAUAUGUAUCCUGGUGCUCAGCGUUAUUUAAAUAAUAAUCAUGUCAUUUCAACAGCAAUGGAAAGAAGUAGUAAAAAUGAGAAGCACAUUGUAUGGCUUGAUAUGGAGAUGACAGGUUUAGAAGUGGAAACGUGUCAUAUUUUAGAACUCGCAUGUUUAAUAACCGAUGAACAUUUAAGGCCUGUGAGCGAUUGCUUAAACAUUAUUAUACAUCAAUCGGAUGAAAUUUUGGAAAACAUGUCUGACUGGUGCAAAGUACAACAUAAAAAGACUGGCUUAAUCGAAGAUUGUCGCUCGAGUAAGAUUACAUUGGAGGAAGCUCAACAAAAAAUGCUUCAAUAUUUGGAGAACCAUGUUCCAAAGGAAGUGUGUCCACUAGCUGGUAAUUCGGUUUACAUGGAUCGUAUUUUCCUCAGGAAAUAUAUGCCAUUGAUCGAUAAUUAUUUACACUACAGAAUUAUCGAUGUCAGCACAAUCAAAGAGUUGGCAAGAAGAUGGCAACCAAGUAUAGAUAAAGCAGUUCCAAGAAAGCAAUAUUGUCACAGAGCUGCUGUUGAUAUAAAAGAUAGUUUGAACGAGCUUUAUUAUUAUAGAGAACAUCUAUUUAUAGGAAAGAAAUAAUAGAUCUUCAUUGGAUUUUAAAGAUCUUGGUAAUAAAUAUUGACACUGAAAAAGUU